CACCAAUCUGGUUAUCCCACAGUUCUGAACGUUGGAUUGACUUGGUUAUAGAUUGAAGUUCUCCUGCACAUUGGAACCAUUUCUACUGCUCUCUGCUUCAUUUCAAGGUUCAGUUGACUGUGCAUUGAAGAUGGAUACCGAUUUUGAGGUUAUCGUGAACACUAGUGUACAGCAGAAAGACUCAUCCAAGGCCGUAACAAUCGCCAUCUCAGUUCGCGCUCUCUUUGAUAUGGAGGAAGAGCACGAAUUAUUCAUGACAGAAGGGCCUGACGAAUACGUCAAUCACCAGAUCAUCAAUGAAGACAUCCCUCUGAAGGAAGGGAUUGUUUUUCCAUUCAUCAGGGCUACUCACAUGGUCAAUGAAAGAUUACUGAACUUGGAUCCCGAAGAAAAGCAACUCUUUCAAAUUAUUCUUCUAUCAACUCACAGCGCUGGGGGAGGAGUACGGAUCAUUAAGAGUGUAAAGUAUUAUGGUUUGGAAGUUAGCAAAUUUUGCUUCUUGAAUGGACAUGACCCUUCGGAAUACCUGAAGUCUCAGAACGUAUUGCUGUUCCUUUCAGCAUGCGAAACCUCUGUGUGCAAUGCACUGAAAAGACAUAUUCCCGCAGCACUUAUGUUGAAGCAAGCAUCAGCUACAUCAAAGGAUCAACUCAAGGUAGCAUUCGAUGGAGAUUCGGUAUUGUUCUCAGAUGAGACCGAUGUCGUGUUCAGAGAGAAGGGUCUCGUGGAGGUCUACAAAUAUGAGAAGGAGAUGGAGCAAGUUCCUAUAGGGGAAGGCCCAUUCAAAGUGUUUGCCAUGAUACUUGGGGAGAUGAAGAAGAAGUUUCCCCCUGAGGAUGACCCAAUCUGCACGUACCUGGUGACAGCGAGGAGUAGCAAUGAGUUGGGUGCGCGAGCCAUUAAUACCCUACGCCACUGGGGACUGCAGAUCGACGAAGCCUUCUUCAUGGCCGGCUCCCCAAAAGGCCCCGUCUUAGCUGAAAUCAAACCUCACAUUUUCUUUGAUGAUAAUCCGGGCAACAUCCUCGGCGCUCAUGAGUACGGGAUUCCCGCUGGCCUCGUUCUAGCUGGAUGUAAAUAGACUGAGAUGAUGGUUACAAUGGUGGGUGGAGGGGGGGAACAUUUUCCAGUGGUUCUCGCUUAAUGCCAAUACCUCACCAACCAUCAAUGGCCAAUGGUGCUUAAUUGUCACGCGUAUAAACGCACGGUGAAAUUCUUUUUAUUUUUGCAUACAGUUCAGUGAAGUAUCGCCAUACCUAAGCAUAAUUCCCAAUUAGAAUAAAGCCUACAGAAAUAGUCCAUUGAGACAGGAUGCAAAUCGCUUGGUUUUGGUGCAAUUUUCAAUGUCCAGUGCCAGCUGGAUGUAAAUAGAUUGAGGUGGUGGGUGGUCCGGUAGGUUUGGGUUUGGGGGGGGGUUUGGUAUUUUUCAAUGGUUCUUUCUUAAGGCAAGUACCUCAACAAUGAUGGUGCUUGUCACUCCCAGGCAGACUGUGAGAUCUUUCACCUAUUAAACCACGGGCUGCCUAUGUACAAAUUGCCAAAAUACACAUCGAGCAGGAAUGCAUGGUUGACAUGUUUCCCUUCUGUCUUUGCAGCCUUCCUACCCAAGUCUUACUUCAUUCAUCUGUUCACUUUGCCCGCUAAAGAACGUUUAAAAGUUAGGCCCUUACAACCAUUUGUGCCACGUGCAUCUUGUAAUAAAAAAAUCUGGGAAAAAAUGAUUUGAUCAGAGAGCAGGUCAUAGAACUAUACAGCAUGGAAACAGGCCCUUCGACCCAACUUGUUCACAUCGACCAGCAUGCCCCAUCUAACUAGUCCCGCCUGCCUGCAUUUGGCCCAUAUCCCUCGAAACCUACCCCCAAAUAAAAUGUAAACAUUGUGAUGGUGCCUGCCUGAACUACCUCCUCUGGCAUACACCCUCCACCCUCUGUGUAAAAAUAAAAAAGUCAACCCUCGGGUUCCUAUUAAAGUUUCCCCCCUCUUAUCUUAAACUUAUGUCCCCACGUUCUUGAUUUCCCCUACUCUGGGUAAACGAAUCUGUGUGUUUACCUUAUCUAUUCUCAUAAUCUUAUACACCUCGGUAAUAUCACCCCUCAUCCUCCUGCGCUCCAAGGAAUAAAUUCCUUGCCUGCUCAACCUCUCCCUUUAGCUCAGGGCCUCAAGGUGCUAACAUUUAUACCAGGUCAUCCAGGGUAGAAUGAAAAGUAGAUGCCAACAAUCCUGACGUUGUUGACUUGUUUUUGUUGACUUUUGUUCCAGCUUUUAUUUUUAUUUUCCUUUAUAGAGUCAUACAGUAUGGAAACAGGUCCUUCAGCCCAACUCGUCCAAUGCGACCAUCCAAGAGGCAUCAUCAAUUGGUCCAUAAUCCCACAAAACCUUUCCUAUCCAUGUACCUAUCCGUGUCCUUUAAGUGUUCUUAUUGUACCUGCCUCAACUACCUCCCCUGGCAGAUUGUCCCAUAUGCCCACCACCCAUCAUAUUUUUAGUAAUUCCAUUAAUUUGCCAAGUUCUCUUAUUUUUAACACUAUACUUUAAAACUGUGCCAAAAGAAAAGAAAAGUAGAAUUUGUCGCAAGGAUAUUGGCUCAUUAAAGCUACUUCAAUGGACAAAUAACUACUUCCAGGAUUUGGUAUUAGGCCAUGGAAAGGGUGGAAAUAGUAGAUGGUUUAUGCCGUAACUCUUGCAUCCUGCCAACAAUUCUACUUCUACAUUUCAAGUCAUUGAAAUAUAACAUACCUUGCUAGCAUUUUAUAUGUAAUAACACUGUCUAUGUUUUGAUUCACAAUAAGAGGUGUAAAAAAUGAUUUAUUUCCAUUAUUCAAUUGGGUUUUUAGCAUUUUUAAACUUGUAGCCUGUCAUAUUUCCCUGAACAAGUCUGUUUGUAAUUAAGUUCCAGUCCUCAUCAAUAAAUGUACUGAUAACUACACAGGCAAUGUUUAAGAUCGAGACUUCUCAAGAAUUUCAGUAAAGAAUCAAUUCAAUCCAAUUGUACAAUGCUAUUCACUAUUACAGUGUCAUUGUGAACUAAUACUGUAAGUAGGGAAAAGGUCUUUAUUUAAAUAUGUGGUACUUGUAAUUUUGCACAUAAAAACGAUAGGCAGGAAAA